GCACUAUACAGGUUGUUAUAGUAUGAAGUAUGAAGUUAGACUUGUUGAAAAAAAGAAAAAGAAGCCUGACAAUUCAGGCGAAGAAACCGACCGACCGUUCGAGAAGGGGCGGUCAGCCAAUCAACGACGGCAGAAAAACCGACGCGGAACAUCACGUGCCCGGCGUGCCUUAUCGCCUUGUCGGUCACGCCGUAUUUUUCUCUUCUCCCCGAUUUCUCCGUCCUCGACAAUUUCAUCGCGCUCCUCGACGCUGCCUUCUGCUUCUUUCCCUUGUCAUCCUACAACGGCCAGAGCGAGGGCUGCCGGCCGGCUCGUCAGCGUGGACUAUCAUUUUCUCUCUCUCGCUGGCAUUUCUACGCCUUUCAUCUUUUUAUUUUCUAAAAUCUGUCUUAAUCCCAAUUCGCAUAUUUUAAUGGUCUAGUUCUCGUCCUGUUUUUGGCCUGCAUACUGCAAAAAUUUUGCCCUUUAUCUCUUUUUUAAUACAUACCUCCGCGACCGUCGCCCCCCGGUUUAUUGCAUAAUAAUUCAUCGCAGUUCCUUCAGCGUUGUUCUCGAACCAUGUUGUCUCGAAUCGCCCGCCAGAAAAAUGGCAUUCCUCACCUCCGGCGUUUGAACAACUGUCGGAUGUCGCCUUCCUUGACGGCAUUGCGGCUUCAUACUAAUUCAAGCCGACCCAACCCUCUUACAAGUGCCCCUACGAUACCUCAGGAGCGGUCUCGCCUCUCGUCUUUGCAGUCAAAUCGGAAUCUCGCCACCGCCGCAGAUCUCUCGGCCCUGGAACAGGGGUCGUUCCCUGAGCCACAAUAUGAUCAGAUGGCUUCUCUAUUCCCUCCCUUCGCCACAGAAUUCGACCCUUCGUCUCUAAUUAUCAUCAAUGACACCCUGCAGACACAGCCACGAGUGCUUAAAAUGGUCCAGGGCAUGGGUGGUCAGGAAGACGAGAUGCUGGCAAACCUGGACGUCUCUUUGAAGGUUGGCCAGUUCGAGCGCGCUGCUAUUCUGAUCAGCCGACUCGGCGAGUUCUAUCCGGCCGAUUCGUCUCAGAAUCGAGCUCUACACAAUCGCUAUCUAGAGGCGAUGGUAUCGCAUAUGAUCGUGACGCGGCAGCAAAACCUGCUCUUACCUUUGCAGAGAUGGUUUGAAGUGGAUAUGGCUGCCGGUGGCGUUGUGCCAGAUGCAACUACUUACGCGGUGAUGUUGCGGAUGGCUUUGCGUAUGCUGCACGGCGGAAAGCGGGAUAGGACGGUGCGCCGAUACUGGGAUCUUGCGAAGAAGGUGGGCUUGGAGGAAGAAGUACUUGCUGUUCCCAUUCUCUCGGAAUUGGAACUGGGUGAACUUUCGGAGAUAUGUUCCUCGGAUCUCCAGCGCGUUGCAAUUGAUAGUAUGCAGUCGGAUGCUGUGCAGGAUGAGUCGAUACCUCUUGUUCCGAAUGCUACGCCGGAGGUCAGACCUGUCGAACAGAGAGGUCUUGGUCUCUCCUCUCUGAAGGAAUCCCUUUCUUUGCUCUCAGAUUCAGGAAUUGCUCUUCCGGAAAACACCAUGUAUACAGCGGAGGAGAACCAGGAGCUGCAUGCACAGCUGCGGCAGAAGCAGCUUGAGACUGAUAACAUCAAAGUGUCGAUGAACCGCUGGCGCCAAGAGUUCGAGCAAAUGCAAAAGUCAGGCCUCGACCUCGCAAGCGGUAACAAGCGACUUAGCCCCGUUCUAAGCCAGUGGCACGCUGGGCUUGUUACGAAGAUCAAAGAGGAGCUCAAAAUGGCUGACACGGAUACUGCGCAUGCACGGACGUUGGAAGAAAGGCACCGGUCCGAGUAUCAGGCCUACCUCCGGAGCCUCGAUCCCGAGAGGCUCGCAGCUCUUACUGUUCUUACUGUGAUAACCCAAUUUAGCUACGCAGGCAUGAAAAACGGUCUCAAAACGUCCUUGGUUGUUACAUCGAUCGGAAAGGAGAUACAGGAUGAGUUGUGGGCCGAAGAAGCACUCCGCAAGGCAUCUAGCGAGGACUCUCGGCGCGUGAAAACUUUGAAGGAAAUCUUCUCGAAGCGGAAGGCGAAGGAUGGUCGGUCACGGUGGCACGGUCUCGUUCAUAGCCUACAGAAAGACAACUCAACCGCGGUCUGGCCGCCGAGGGUGAGAGCUAGAGUUGGCGCUGCUCUGAUGGGUCUUCUUUUUGAUAUUGCGAAAGUUCCCGUGGUGGCUGAAGAUGCAGUCACCAAGAAGAAGGAGACUAUCAUGCAGCCUGCAUUCCAACACUCCUACGAAAUCAGCUGGGGACGGCGUUUGGGGUACAUCCAUCUCAACCCCGAGGUCGUCAAGCUCGUUACCCAAGAACCCCCUGCCGAUGUUAUGGGUCGCCACCUGCCUAUGCUUUGCAAACCUAAACCCUGGACCGGCUAUAAAGAAGGCGGUUACUUCAUGUACCCGAAUGUCAUAGUGCGUUCGACGCCUGGUGAAUCAUUGCAGCCGGCUUAUGUGCGUGCCGCCCUGCAAAAGAAUGGGCUUGAACAGUUGCGCACAGGCUUGGAUAUCCUUGGAAAUACAGGGUGGACAGUCAACGUCGACGUGUUCGAUGUUAUGCUCGAGGCUUGGAACUCGGGCGAAGCAGUUGCCAACCUUGCUCCCCUGCAUCCCGACUUGCCUCACCCCCCGAAACCACAUCCCGAUGAGGGAUACCAAGCGGUUAAACAAUGGGAAGCUGCCAUGCAGAAUAUUGAGAACCGACGAUCUGGAAUGCAUUCGAACCGUUGUUUUCAAAACUUUCAGUUGGAAGUUGCCCGAGCUUACCGAAACGAGACCUUCUAUCUCCCUCACAACAUCGAUUUCCGAGGUCGUGCUUACCCGUUGCCGCCUUAUCUCAACCAAAUGGGCGCGGAUAAUGCGAGAGGUCUACUUCUAUUCAGUGAGGCCAAGCCCCUUGGCGCCGGUGGAUUGAGAUGGUUGAAAGUCCAAAUCGCAAAUUUGGCUGGGUUUGAUAAAGCUAGUCUUUCGGAGCGGGAGCAAUACGCCAAUGAUCACCUGGCUGAGAUCUUGGAUUCCGCCAACAAGGGCUUGCACGGCCAGCGCUGGUGGCUUAAAGCGGAGGACCCUUGGCAAUGUUUAGCAGCUUGCUGUGAGUUGAGAAAUGCGCUCCAGCUUUCGGACCCCACCAAGUAUCUGUCGCGCCUACCGAUUCAUCAAGAUGGUUCUUGCAACGGAUUGCAGCAUUACGCAGCACUGGGUGGCGAUAAGAUCGGGGCACAGCAGGUUAACUUGGAGCCCUCCGACCGUCCUUCCGACGUGUAUACUGGAGUCGCCGAGUUCGUCAAGAAAGCCGUGGCGCUUGAUGCCGCCCAGGGCGUUGCCCCAGCGAAGCUUCUCGAUGGACGUAUCACCAGAAAGAUUGUGAAACAGACCGUCAUGACCAACGUUUACGGUGUCACGUUUAUUGGAGCUGUGAAACAAGUGCGCAGGCAACUUGCAGACCACUACCCCGAACUUUCUCAGGAGGAAUUGAAGUUUGGAUCUUUGUAUAUUGCUCGCAAGAUCUUCGAGGCUCUGGGAACCAUGUUCAAUGGAGCGCACGAGAUUCAGUACUGGCUGGGAGACUGUGCUAGUCGCAUUACCCUGUCUCUGUCUCCCGAGCAAAUCGACGAAAUUGCGAAGGAUGCGUUGAUGCCUCAGGAACCCGAGCCCACGGAUAUGAGGAAGAAGAAGGACAAGCAGAAGAGCGAUUCCGAUCCAACCAAGAAAUUCCGGUCUACCGUGAUUUGGACGACCCCCUUGGGGCUACCUGUCGUUCAGCCGUAUCGCGUCCGCAAAGCCCGACGUAUUAAAACCUCUCUGCAGGACUUGAGCAUUGUCGAUAUGCACUCCGGGUCGACUGUCUCGAAGCGCAAGCAACUUCAAGCGUUCCCCCCAAACUUCAUUCACUCCCUUGACGCCACUCAUAUGAUCAUGUCUGCUACCGCAUGCCACCGAUCCGGACUCACAUUCUCAGCAGUCCACGAUUCCUUCUGGACCCAUGCUUGUGACGUCGACCACAUGAACGAGAUUCUCCGCGAGGCCUUCGUUCGUAUGCAUUCCGACGACGUGGUGAAGAGACUUGCCGCGGAGUUUGAAGUCCGAUACGGGCAGAACAUGUUCCUUGCCAAGGUCAAAACGAACAGCAACAUCGGAAGAGCUAUUCGGAGGCACCGAGGAGCCAUCAAUCCGUUAUCCGCCAGGACUAAGGAGUUGUUGGAAGAGACCAAGAGACAGAAGCUUCUGAAAUCCGAUGACCCUGAACUCCAGGCCCAGGGCCGCGCGAUGAUCACGCCAGCCAGUAUCUUCGAGCAAGAAGGGGGUACCGACGAUGAUCUGACCAUCGCCAGCUCGCUCGGCGAAACCGUCGUGGGACACGUGCCGGAAGACUUGGAGACGGCCGAGCGGAAAUCCGCAAGAUUCGAUAGAGACAUGUCCGAUCCAGUGAUCCAGAGUCUGACAGCCGGCUUCAAUGAUAGCUUUGUUGGCCCGCAGAACGGGGACGCUGAGCAUGCCGGCGAUGCCGAGGAAGGCGACGCGGCGGAAGGCGACGCGGAGGAAGAGGACGGACUGCCGAAGAAGAGGACCAGGAAGCAGGCUAUCCCUACUACUUGGCUUUGGCUUCCUCUGCGGUUCCGCGAGGUUCCCAAGCGAGGAACCUGGGACCUGACGCGGAUUCGCGACAGCAAGUACUUCUUUUCUUAACGGGUGAAUCAUCCGAUCGGGCUUAUGAACGCAUUGGGUUGGCGUUGGCUGUGUUUCACGCACCGGUUUCUUCAAGACUAAAAUGACUAAGGGGAAAGAUCUUCCGAGGCAUUUAUCCGAGUUGGACCGUGCUUUUUUAUUGUGAAUCUGUCUUGUAUAUUGGCGGCAAUCUCUCUACCCCGUCUGUUAAUCAUCUCCCCGCAUACCCCCCAGCUUUUGAUGAUUGUCUUUGUAUUUUAUUAUUGUUUCUUUUUUUUGCAUUUCUACUUUUCUCUUUCCUUAAUCUCCCACUUCCUCCAGUGCCACGAAGCGGCACAACGGACGCAAAGGGGUUAUUUGGGAAAGCUGUACAUUACGAUGCUUGUUGGUUGGGAUUCCAUCGAAAAGCGAAACGAGGAAAAGAAGCACACACACUAAAAGAAAGAAAAACGAGGGAUGUAUAUAAUUAAGAACCAGGUAUAUAGCGAUGGGACAAUGUAAAUAAUAAUGUGACUACUACUUCAAAAUUC